ACCAGUCGAAUGUUGACCGUACCGUGAGUAGACUACCGUGUGCGGCAUCGCACUUAUUUCAGUGAGACCUGAGCGGUUUGAUAGACAGGUCGAUUCAGAAGAUUUUUCACAUGGAUAAAGUGCACGGGGUUGCGGCCCUGAAAGUCAGUGGACAUGGAUUUUACGACGGCUCGAGGGCCUUCGAGGGACUCUCCGACGUCGUGGGACUGCCGGUUGAUCAGAUGAAUUUCGUCAUCAGCCAGUUCACAGCACUUGUCCUGGCUGCACUAUUUCGAACUUCACUGAGGCCAGGAGUGGUUUCUCCAGUGGCUCGUCACACAUUUGGUUUGAUCGUUGGGCUCUGUAUGGGCUACUUCUGUUUCGGCAAACAAGCAGUUCACCUGGCAGGGCUUCCGGCGAUAUGUUACAUCGUAAUGCGCACCCAAGAUCCGCGUAUCGUCCAGAGAGUUGUGUUGACUGUUGCCCUGGGGUACCUCUCGUGCAUUCAUUUUUACCGGCAAAUGUAUGAUUACGGAUCGUACAGCCUUGAUAUAACGGGUCCACUGAUGGUCAUAACGCAGAAGGUGAUAAGUCUUGCGUACAGCAUUCACGAUGGCUUCACGCGUCGUGAACCCGAGCUGACAUCACUCCAGCGUCAUCAGGCCGUGAAGAUCAUGCCAACUACACUGGAGUAUUUCAGCUAUGUGCUCCACUUUCAGGCGUUGAUGGCUGGGCCCGUCAUUUUUUACAGAGAUUACAUUGAUUUUAUUCAUGGAACUAAACUCAACGGGACAUCUUUUUCGGGAUUCUACGAUGAUCCUUCCAAACAUGUCGUCGAAAUAGUUUUGGAGCCAUCGCCUACCCAAAUUGUGAUGAAGAAAGUUGUCGCCAGCUUGACCUGCGCUAUCCUUUUCGUUGUGUUCAUUCCCAUAUUCCCAAUUCAAAAAGUGAAAGACGACGAAUUUUUGAACUCGUCGAUGAUCUAUAAAAUCUGGUACAUGAUGAUCUCAACCAUGAUGGUUCGUUUCAAGUAUUAUUACGCAUGGCUGUUCGCCGAUGCAAUCUGCAAUAACUCGGGAAUGGGAUUCAACGGUCUCGAUUCUGAGGGAAAGCCCCAGUGGGACUUCUUCUCGAACAUAGAUGUAGUUAAAUUUGAGACAUCACUGAGUCUCAGGGAGUCGAUCGAAGCCUGGAACAAAGGCACGAACAACUGGCUGAGAAUGGUGGCCUAUGAGAGGGCAGGCCGCUACAGAACACUUUUUACUUAUGCUCUUUCAGCACUUUGGCAUGGAUUUUAUCCAGGAUACUACCUCACCUUCGCGACCGGAGCGCUGUUCACAUUCGCUUCACGCACCGUUCGCAGAAGCAUCAGACCUCUCUUCCUGGGCUCAAGGAACAUGAAGUCGUUCUAUGAUGUCCUCACAUUCAUCACAACACGUGUCUUCAUGGCUUAUCUCACCUUCAGUUUUGUUCUCCUUGAAUUCAUGCCGAGUGUCAAAGUCUACAUUUCCAUGUACCUGAUUCCGCAUCUGCUGAGCCUGGCAGCGAUAUUAGUCCUCCCAGUAUUACCCUUGGGACACGCGCACCGAAAACGCGAGGUACCAUCCACAAAUGGGCAAGAGAACUCUCGCCCCAAAGUUGCAGAACCGGAAGCGCACAAUGGACUCUCGAAGAAGGCAGACUGAGUCUCUAUUUCUGUUCACCAUUUUUACACCUUUUAUAUUGAUAACGUUCAAAUCUUUGUACUCUAUUUUAUAUGAAUUAUAUCUUUGAUUAUUAUUGUAUCAGAUGAUAUUCUAGUGUGAAUCCGUUGAUGCGUAUAAUUAUUUUUAUGAUGAAUUGACAUACGUCUGAAAUUCCAAGUACUCAGUUUUUUACAACAAAUACAAAUCAGGGUUUCAAUGCUGCAUUGUUUUCAAUGCUCGUGUAAUAUGUUUUGGCUUCCGAUAUCCGUAAUAAUGUGAACAUGUGAUUUCAUUAGAUAGAAAAUCAACUAUUCUUGGAACUGGAUGUUGAAUUCAUGUAUUUUACAGAUUGAACGAAUUUUUAAUAAAGCAUGAUGUGAGAUGAA